GCAAUCACAUCAAUCUAUCAAGUCAAUCGCCAACUUUUGCAGUUCGUUCUAAGCUUCCAGUGCGAUGGAUUUGUAUCUGCGGCGUUAUAUUUUGUAUCACGGCUUCGCCAUUGGCUUUGGAGCCUUCGUCGUAUCAAUUUUAACCAUAUAUCUGUACGUGAAAGAAGAUGUGCACGUAUAUUUUUCGCAGCUGUCGUUUUACACUUGGGUAUACUGGAUUGGAACCUGGGCAUGGCUACUGGGAGCUUUGUGGAUUUUGGCAGGCGCUAGCUUCCUGUUUGGAAUUUUAAAGAAGAGAAAAUCAGCCCUUCUUCCACUGCUGUUUCUGCUUGGAAUCCAUUUGCUGGCGGUUCUCUUUGGGGACGUGUUGUUAGUGCUGGACCUCUCAUAUAUGAACUGGAACUUCAGCCCAUUUCUGAACGUGUCCCAGUUUGCGAGCAUUAUUUAUGUAAUACUCCAUGUGGGAUUCACAAUCGUGGUGCUUGGAAAGCUGAUCGAUGAGGAUUCUCGGAAAUCCAACUGGACGGGAACGAGUCUGCAGGUUUGCGGUCAACCUACUACUGUAAGCGAUGAGUCGGAAUUUGUAGUGAUUUCUUAGAUGAUUUGUAGUGAUUCUUAUGGUAGUUGAACCAGCUAUUGCCUAAAAAAAUAUGUAAAUUAAAUAUUUGUGCAAAUUGAAUGCUUAUCCACUCUUUUGCCUAUUGUAAUAAAUUGCAAUUAAGCGUAAAUGAAUCGUAAA